AUGGCAAUGUUAUCUUUGUGUGGGUUAUCCGAUGAUACUCUAUUCAAAAGCAAAUGCGAAGUUGAAGAAAAUGAAGCAUUCGAAACUUUCCAAAGUGACAAUACUGUAAACCAAAUGAACUUGUACUCACUUCCUGGAAACCCUGUUGAAAACAUGCGAAUGAUAACUGCUCGUGACACGAUGGGUCGUCCAAUCGAGUUAAACUUUCAUCAUGGUACUACAACAUUGGGAUUUUUAUACCAAGGAGGCAUAGUGUUAGCAGUUGAUUCUCGUGCUACUGGAGGACAGUACAUUGGUUCUCAAUGUAUGAAGAAAAUUGUCGAAAUAAAUGAUUUUAUGCUGGGUACAUUAGCUGGUGGUGCAGCUGAUUGUGUUUACUGGGAUCGUGUUCUCUCAAAACAAUGCAGACUACAUGAGUUAAGGAACAAAGAACGCAUUAGUGUUACAGCUGCUUCCAAAAUUAUGUCAAACAUGAUUUAUUACUAUAAAGGAUAUGGAUUGUCUAUUGGAAUGAUGUUAGCUGGAUAUGAUAAAAAUGGUCCAUCUUUAUUUUACAUUGACAAUGAUGGUUCCAGAACACCAGGGAAAGUGUUUUCGGUAGGUUCCGGAUCAAUAUAUGCAUUUGGUGUUCUUGACUCUGGCUAUAAAUGGGAUCUAACUGAUGAAGAAGCUCAAAAACUUGGUCAAAGAGCUAUCUUCCAUGCAACUCAUCGAGAUGCUUACAGUGGUGGAAUUGUUAGAGUGUAUCACAUUACUAAAGAUGGAUGGAAACAUAUAAAGAAUGAAGAUUGUGAUGAAAUAUAUGAUAGAGUAAAGAAUGAAGCUAAAUAA